AUGAGUAGAAAAGAUUUCCAGACGAUAGCAUGUAAAAUAUGUGGGGACAGGUCGUCAGGUGUACAUUACGGUAUCAUCUCAUGUGAGGGAUGCAAGGGUUUCUUCAGGAGGUGUUUAAGAAGACAAAAAGAGUAUGUCUGUGUACGUGGAGGAAAGUGUGAAAUCAGUAGACAACAUAGAAACAGAUGCCCCGCCUGCCGCUACAAGAAGUGCCUUGAACUUGGAAUGUCCAAAGAUGCUGUGAGAAUCGGCAGAAUUCCAAACAAACAGAAAGAGACGGAGUUCGUCGACAUCGAACCCUACAUCUACGAGGAGAUCAAGGAUGAUGAGGACUUCGAUCCUUUCAAAGACAUCAAGAUCGAUGCGGAAACCGAGGAGCUAAUCAUUGCCGUCAGAGAUGCUCACCAAAGCACAGCAAAGUUCUAUCCCGAGUUUGAUGACUUCAGGGAGGGAAGAUGGGAGAAGGAUCCGGAAGAACUGAAGAGAAUAGCAGAUAGACUUUCAAUAGAUAGUAUGGAUGGUAUUCAGAUGUGGUGCUCCAUAGUCACUCAGGCGUUAGCAGCGUAUAUCAAGAGAAUCGUCACCUUCUGCAAACACAUACCAGGUUUUGCAUUAUUAUGUCAGCAAGACCAGAUGGUUCUUGUCAAGUCGGGUCUCUUCGAGAUCCUAACCAUUCAGGAUUCCAUAGAACUGAUCCUCUACGAUGCCUUUGUCCUCAACGAGGAUAUCCGCAUCUCUAAGGAGAACAUCAUGAAGUUCAUGCCGGUGGAGCUCUUUCAGGGCAUCUACACCUUUGCAGAGAGGCUCAACGUAAAGCUAAGACUCACCAAGACUGAGAUCGCCCUGCUAUCAGCGGUAGUGCUCUUUGCAGAUGAUCGAGAGGGCCUGCAGGACGUCAUCAGCGUCAGUCGCAUCCAAUCCCGCCUACUGACGGCCCUGCACAUCGAGAUCAUCCGCAACCACCGAUCCGACCCUCACAUGUUUGCCAAGUGCCUGCUGCUCCUCCCGAUGCUCAGGACAGUGGAUGACUUCCAUAACCAGUUCAUCAUCAGGCUCAAGCUGGGAAGCAGCAACCUGCCAAUGUCCGAACUCUACAAGGAGGUCUAUGACCUGGGCUCCUUCAAUGGCAGUAGCCGCAGCCAAAGUGAAGACGGUGGCGCCGCCUCUGCGGCCACCAAGACUACAGAAAGUGAUGAUGAAUUCAAGAUGUGCAAGAAAAAAGCAGCAGCGGUAGCCGCCGUGACUGCAUCUGCAACCGCUCUACCUCCUACGCUUUGUGAGAUGAAGCAGCCGACGAUGUGCGGACGGAAGCAACAAGCCGUGCGGGAACUGUCAUCGCAGGCUGUCUAUGGCAACGUGGUGAUCAAGGAAGAGAAUGACACGUUACUGAUGACACAUUGUUCACUUUAACCAGUCUCAAGGCCUGCAUGGUGAUACCAUCUAGUUGUAUCUCUAUAGAGGGAUAUCAAGUCACCUCCUUAUACUGGGACAUCUAGCCAUCUCUUUAUACAAGGGGUGAUGCCAUUUGACGCACUAUGUGGUCCAAGACCGCAGCAGUUCCCUAGGAGAAGUCUUUAGAAGACUUCAGUAAUGCACCCUGGCUAGUAAACGUUUUAGAAAACAGAUUCCAGGUCAAUCCAAAGAGACAAGCAACACUACUAUCCUGCCAGAAUUUUAAGAUGUGUGACUCGUCUUGGGAUUGUGGUCUUCCAGUAAGGAUCAUCAUCACCAUCCUUUGUCCUCUAAGGAUGCAGAACACAGUUCUCCCAGGAACCUUGUACCUUAAAGUUGUCGACACACCUUGCAGUUCCUCCAAGUGGAACUAAAGUAAUUCCCCUCAGAGAAGCCAUUGGUUCUGAUUACCAAGUAUAUGAAGUUCCAUAGUUGAAUCAAAACAGAGUUUGUGUCCUGGCUGUCUCCUAGGAAGCUUCCUCGAGUUUGUGGAUAUCCGCUUUUGCAAGAGUGUCUGUGGAUAGUUAUCCUGUAAUCACCACAAGGUGUGUCUCCCAUCAGUAAGAGAAGUGCAGAGGCAGUGGAGGUCCAUAAUGACCACAGGUGUCCACCAAACGUGACAUCCACCUUGAGAAACUGAAGCUGGAGCAACAAAAAUGAAUUUUGGAACAUCCUGUCUGGUAUCCCCUUAUCAGGAAGGUCUCGCCCAGUGAGACCACAUUUGAAGUUAUAUAUUCUAUUCAUGAUAAAUGCUAUAGGUGUGGUACUGCCCCCUUUCGUCAGUAACAUGAAAGUUUUGUGCAGGUUCAAAGAGUUCAUCGUUUGAGAUUUUGUCCACGGCUGGUGUUAUUUGGCAAAGUAUUAUAAUAUUGGUUUGGGCUUUAUUCAUAAGUAAGUUGUUUUUUUGUACCAAGUUAUUCCUCU